AUGGCUGGCCGUGGAAACCGGCGAUUGCGCGGCCAAGGCCAUACCAGCAAUCCAGACAGAUCGAACAACCUCGGAACCCGUAACCAAAGCGACAAAAUCUGCAGGCAAUUUCAGCGUGGAAAUUGUACCUAUGGCUCGACUUGCAAGUUCUCGCACGACCCGGCAAGAGCUAGCGUACCUGAGCCUAAUCCUACAGCUGAUGAUCUCAGAGAGGACCAGAAGAGAUCCUUCAACUAUGGGCAGGAGCGAUUGAAAUACUUGAUAGUGAAAAUACAGGGGGACCAACAGUUCCUUGUUAGAGACCUCGUGGAUGACGAUCUUGAUGGGCACGGGUUCAUACUGGCAACUAUCGAUACAACCGGCCAGGACUCAACUCACCAUAUUCCUGUCUAUGUUGAGCCAUUUCUGAAAGUUAUUACCCAUUCUUCCCUCUUAGAUUGUCUCUCUGUUGAUUCAUUUGUUGGCUCUAUGUACGCAACAUUUGGUGGCCCGAAUGGAGAUCGAGCAAUCGGGUUUUUGGAAAGCGUUUGUCGCUGCAUGAUAAACAGCUGUGAAAAAAACAGCAACAACCGGACUCUAGUCACUCCAGACAUGGUGAAGUUGUUGUUGAGUGCCCUGUAUCAGCUUCUGUACAGGGUCCGACGGGCACGCUUCCAUGAUGACCUUGCUUCACUUCUCGGCUCAUUGUACGAGUUGGUCCACAAAAUGAUCAAAGUCUACUCCAAGGCCGACCUCGAGGCGCUUGACAACAGGAUAGAGAUCAUGCGAAAUGUGGUUGCAAGCGCACUCCGCGGUCUUGUUCCACCCACAGUACCCGAAGAAAGCGUUCCAAGGAUUAGCACUAGACUAGCUCAAUCGACAUUUCCAAUGGACACAGAAAUCCCUGGUGGCAGACACGACAACGACCUUGCAGAAAUCUCAGAGAUUCAGAUUCUUCCGACACAGGGAGAAAUUGUCAGUGACAAUUCGGAAUAUCUACCAUCCACCAACUUUUCUCAGCCGCACUUCAUCGCAGACCCUAUGUUGAGAUACAUUGACUCCACGUUCCGGCUUCUGCGCCAUGACAUCUUCGGCUCUGUUAAGGAUGUACUCCGAGAUCUACUGCAGCAAUGUGGCCCAAAUCCCAAGCUAUCGAACAAGGAUACCAGGGCGCAUAUCUACAUGACAUCACAUGUCCAGCGUGUCUUCGUUAAUGGGAGAAAUGAGCUUGAAGCAACAGUAUCCUUCUCUGUACCGCCACAACUACGCAAAAAGCCUCUUGCCGAGCAGUGCAGAUGGUGGAAAGACUCUAACCGACUAGAGGCACACCAAAAAAGGCUGCUUUUUCUCGAAGUCACAGCAAAGUGUUCCUCACAAGAGCAAGCAAAGAAAGAAGAGAGCACCCUUGUCUCCAAUCGGCAUCUGCCCAGCAUUACAGUGAAGCUCGCGACAUGUUCACAGCAAGAACUGGAUCUCCUCGGCCAAAUUUACAGCGAGAAAAUCCCAGGUACACUGGUUGACUUCCAUGGCCUCAUUCCUGCUACAUUUGUCCCGAUUCUAAGGAACCUACAGCGUGUUCAGCGUGAAGGGGAGUUGACAUUCCAGAAAUGGAUUUUGCCAGGCCAGAACGGGGAUAAGGGGACUACCAAUAUACCUCCACCAGCAUACGCCCGAAAGCUAGGAUUUGCCUAUCCCUUCCUUUCGAUCAUGAAAGGUCAAACCCGAGACAUUAAGUUGGAUCCCAAUUUCCCGGAGUCUCUUGACAUCAAGGAGCUAGAAGGUUUGACUGGUCUCGACCUUGGCCAGUGUCAGGGACUUGUUGCUGCUCUCACCCGGGAAUAUGCCAUGAUUCAAGGGCCACCGGGAACGGGAAAGUCUCAUGUUGGCGUCAAGCUGGUUCAGGUUCUCCUCGCCGUCAAAGCAAGCGCGAAUUUGGGGCCAAUCAUCGUGAUGUGUUACACUAACCAUGCCUUGGACCAAUUCUUGAAGCACCUUCUUGCAAUUGGUAUCCAGAAGAUCAUACGAAUUGGCGGCCGCAGUCAGGCCACUGAGCUGGAAGGCAAGAACCUUCGCGUUGUUAGCGGUGGCGUCAGCAAGACAAGAGUAGAGUCUCAAACACUCGGACAAACCUACAGCGACCUUGAAGAAUGCAUGAAAAUAGCCGGGUAUUCCAUGAAGCCUCUGCACCAGUCUCGAAAGGGCCCGACCUGGAAAGGGAUGCAGCACUUUUUGCGCCGGAAGUGGCCCGCCAUACACAGACAAUUGGAUUUGAUGGAUGCCGAGGGAUUCAAAAUUGUCACUGACGAUCCUCUGUUAAACUGGCUGGGAGUCAAAUCGUUCAAUUGCUCGAAAACUGAGGAUGUGGAUGAGCCCGAUGAUGAGCGCUUGGGAAGCCUGAUACGCACUGCCGAGCGAAACAUCUAUCGCCCCUCGAGGCCAGAGCGUCAAACUCUUGCAAAGAGCUGGUUUAAGCAAUGGUGCAAAGAUGAGAGUGCCUCAAUGUUUGAGGCUAUCAAUAGCGCCGAGCGUUCGCGUGAAAACAUACACGCCGUCCACGAAGAAAUAAACCGACGGGCUCUGAUUCAAGCUGACGUUGUGGGCAUCACGACAACAUCCCUUGCGCGAAAUAUUGAGACAUUACGCCGCAUAGGAGCAAAGGUCAUCAUAUGUGAAGAGGCAGCCGAGGUGAUGGAGGCACAUGUCAUCUCAUCUCUUAUGCCGGGCGUGGAGCACUUCAUCCAGAUUGGCGAUCACAGACAGCUACGGCCGCAAAUUCAAAAUUACUCGCUUAGCCUUGAGUCUUCAUCUGGGAAAGCCUGGCAGCUAGAUCGGAGCCAAUUUGAGAGGCGUGCUGUUGGAGAGCCGGGCCUCAAUCCUGCCCCUGUUGCACAACUCUAUGUGCAGCGAAGAAUGAGGCCCGAGAUUUCGCAACUCAUUCGAAGUGUCUAUCCAAAGCUUGAAGAUCAUGAAAGCGUCAUGAACCUUCCUAACGUCGUCGGAAUGCGAGAGAACGUCUUCUGGCUGGACCAUCGACGCGAUGAAGACAAGAGCGAAGAUGACAUUCGUGUGAAGUCGCAUAGUAAUAAAUGGGAGGUUGACAUGGCGACCGCUCUUGUGCGGCAUCUUGUCCGACAGGGAGAGUACAACAGCAAUGACAUUGCUCUUCUGACUCCCUAUACCGGUCAACUGCGGAAGCUUAGAGCAUCGCUGAGCAAAGAUUUCGAAAUAUGUCUCAGCGAGCGGGACUUGGAGACCUUAGCAGCCGAGGGGCUCGGGGUGGACACAGAUGAGACUCCUGAAGCAGGACCUCGCAAAAUAAUUGAGAGGAAAACGCUCCUUCAGACGCUGCGCCUUACUACCGUUGAUAAUUUCCAGGGCGAAGAGGCGAAGGUGAUCAUCGUCUCCCUAGUUCGGAGCAACUUGAAACAAAAAGUUGGCUUUCUUCGCACUGAGAACCGUAUCAAUGUACUUCUCAGUCGAGCACAGCACGGGAUGUACCUGAUCGGGAAUUCCGAGACCUACCUCAAUGUCCCAAUGUGGGCUGAUGUUCACGCUCAGCUCACACGAACGAACGCAGUCGGUACAGAACUGGCCCUAUGCUGUCCCCGCCACCCCGAAGUGCCUAUCCUCUGCUCUGAGCCUCAUGGGUUUGAGACGAAGAGCCCCGAAGGUGGAUGUAAUCUCCCAUGCACCCGUCGUCUCGAGCCAUGUGGCCACCGGUGCCAGGCAAAAUGUCAUUCAUCGUUCAUGCACCAUGGCUUUGCAUGCUGCAAGCCUUGUCCUCGAAUUCGGAAGACCUGUGACCAUGCAUGUCCUAAGCUCUGUGGUGAAGAGUGUGGUCUUUGCAUGGUUGAAAUCCGCGACGUGAUGCUUCCUUGUGGCCAUGUUAAAAAGAAGCUCAUGUGCCAUCAGAUGCGUAACCUGGCAUCCAUUAAGUGCGACGUCAAAGUGGAUAAGGUCGUUACCAAGUGUGGCCAUGUUCUCCGACUUGCCUGCUUUAUUGAUGUUACGUCUGAGAUCUUUAGUUGCACUGAGCCAUGCACCGAAAUUCUCGGAUGUGGUCACAACUGUGGAGGUGUCUGUGGGAAGUGCUUGAAGAAAGGUGCCUCAAGGUAUGCCAUGAUGGCGAAGGCUGUGGGAAUUGUGAAGCCAAAUGCGAGGUUCGAUGCUCACACUCAGCCUGUGCCUCCACCUGCGGAAAGGCAUGUGCACCAUGUAUCGAGAAAUGCAAUUGGGUUUGUCCUCAUCAAGGCUCCUGCUCAAUGCCUUGCGCAGCACCGUGUGAUCGACUUCCGUGCGAUGAGCGAUGCGCCAAAAUCCUCGAUUGCGGUCAUCAGUGCCCAAGUCUUUGCGGAGAAGACUGUCCUAGUGGUCUGUGUCAAGAAUGCGAGUCCAAUUGUCGUGCUCGGCUGCGGCCAUUUCUUUACCAGUGAGUCGGUCGAUGGUCUUGUCGGCCUAGAUGAAGUGUACACAAGAGACAGAUCUGGCAAGUUUGACGGCCUUAGGGAUGUCUCUGCUUCUCUUGCUAGUGCCAUACCAUCGUGCCCUGAUUGCAAGCAGCCCAUUCGUCAGUUCGUAACAAAGCGAUACAAUCGUGUCAUCAAUCGAGCUGUUAUGGACGAAACAUGCAAGCGAUUCUUAACCAAAGGACGCAUCGACCUUGAAGCCCUUGAUUCCCGUCUGAAUACCCUCGCAGAUGCGCUUGUUUCCAAAGACACAACGGCGAGGCCAAUCAGCCUUACCAAAGCGCAGAUCAACACAAGAUAUGGGGCCUUUGUCCAGCUUGCGAAGGAAGCUGCAGUCCUCAGUAAAACGAUGGAUACAGGGCACCAACCGGCGAAGCGGCUCAAGGACGCCAUUGCCUUCCGUCAAAAACCAUCAGAUGAUGAAGCUAUCACCGUCUCCAGCCAACUUGAAAGACUGACAAUAUCCACGCCGAGACCCGACAACCAGAUAACUCUUGGGGCACUAUUGAUCUCUAUCAAGGCCCGCGAAUUCGUUCUUCAUGAUAAGUUCAGACUCUUGCAUUCAAAUGCAAAGAUCGAGGAGUCAAUCCUCAUUGUUCAGCUUAAUCAGCUCACGAUACCGUUCCUGGAGGACUGCCAGGACUUGAUCAUCCAAGCCAAGGGUGGGAGCCUCUCCCGUAUUGUCAUCACGGCAACCCUCGCAUUUGCCAAAAUAUCCGAACUGUUCGGAUGGUACCAUCGCACACGUCCAGUACACGGAAAGGAUGAGACUGAUAUGAAAAGACGGAAGAGCACGGGGUUAGAAUCGCGUGAUAACCGCAGGAAUACGGCGCGUGAGUUCCUUGCCGAUGCCUUGCAUUUAUGCGAGGAAUUGGGCAAUUGUGAGGAACUUCGAGAGAAAGUUCAGGAAAUGAAUCGUCUCUAUGAAGAGACUCGAUAUGAAGAGAUCACGCCAGAGGAACUUGCGUCUAUCAAGAUUGCCAUGGUUGGCGGGCGAGGAGGCAUAGCGACUAACUCUGGGCAUUGGUACAAUUGUAUCAACGGACAUCCUUUUGCCAUUGGCGAAUGUGGGAUGCCGACGGAGCUAGCGAAAUGUCCUGAAUGUGGUGCGCGUAUUGGAGGACAAAAUCACCAGCCUGUUGAGGGUGUUUCUCGAGCGGAGCAUAUGGAGUAG